AGGAUAUAUAAAUGUACACACAUGUACAGAGGAACUACUUCAUUUAAUUUAUCCUAAAGAGAGAUAGUUUUAUUGUCUUUUCAUCAGAAGUAAUUUGUGUUUGAAGUUCUCAUGUUAAAUUCGUCAGCUGCUAUCUUUGGACCGGGAAACUAUAAGGACAUUUUUUCACUAUAUGCUUCCACUUCAAGGGGGAGGAGGCUGUGACGGGGAGAUUUUCUUGCUUGCCAAAUUUUUUUUUAGUCCAAUGUCCGGCUGACUCUCCUCCCCUUCACCACACACACACACACAUACAUACAUACAUACACGCACAUAUGAUCAUAUAUAAACACACAUACACAUUUUAAAAGACGAUGUAACCCCAUCUGUGAUACAAGAUGUCAACAUCACAACAGCAAUCGACGUUAUGUGCCUUGCAAACAAAGAGAGAGAAAGAUGGGGUGGUACUCUAUGAUGACGGUCUAAUUCAUACACUUUUUGUUUGUAUGACUUAUGAUGACUAGCACUUCUGUUUUAGUAGGUGCGAUCUCGCUCAGCUUGCACGCAUUAUAUAAGUAUUCUUUCCACUGUGUAUUUAACGGAAGAGGCGCCAAAAAGGGGUCCAAUCAAUGACAGCAGUGGAAAUGAUUCUUUCUCUACAGUUACUUCGCGUCUGUUCUACUUACUUCCUGUACAAGUACUUAAUUGUGUGUUUAUUUCUGGUCGUAUCUAUCUAUCCGUAACACUGCCCGGUCACAUACUGACGGCCUCUUUUUGGCCUCCACCAGAAAACCCUUCUGUGUUCAUGUAAGAAGAUGCGCCUAAAACAGCAUUAUCCCAGUGUCUUGUUCCUUCAUCUAUACUCCGUAAAUCUGCGUACCACUGGACAUGACUUACACACCAAUGGAGAAGUCCGACACAUUUAGAUCACCGCGCAGUCUAGGACUCAUCUGCUGGAUUCGAUGUGUGCUUGUAUUUUUAUGUGUUUAUCUAGUUGUCGCUUCGAAAGUUUCUCCUCCCACUAGGAAGCUUCUGCUAAAUGGUUCGACGGAGGUUCACAUUCGGGCCCCGCAAGACGGGGAGGGGAAGUCCAGGUUAUCAGAGGUCACACUAGGGGAGGGCUCAGUCGAAACAGAAAUAUUACAACGUGAACUUCCGGUGAUGCAACCAAAGAUCCUAGAAACCCAUCCUAACUCGAUAAAGGAGAGGUCUGCUCCAGGUAACUCGAUAAAUGAUAGGUCUGCUCCAGGUAACUCGAUAAAGGAGAGGUCUGCUCCAGGUAACUCGACAGAGGAGAGGUCUGCUCCAGGUAACUCGACAGAGGAGAGGUCUGCUCCAGGUAACUCGAUAAAGGAAAGGUCUGCUCCAGGUAACUCGAUAAAGGGGAGGUUUGAUCCAGAUAACUCGAUAAAAGAGAGGUCUGCUCCAGAUACAUGUCAUCUUUUGAAGAAGAUUCGGGAUGACUCGAAGAACGGGACGUCCCCCUUCAGCUUGGGAGUUUUGAGUGAUGUGAUCAUCAUCAUUCAGAUGUAUCCAAGAAGCGCUUCUUUAAGAUAUCUCUGUGCCAACGGAAUACUAUCUACUGAUCUCGCUAAUUUCUCGUCUGCCGAGAGUUCCUGUUCCCUUCGGAACAUCACAACAGUGAACGGUAACAAUGUUACCAAUAUUACCAUCAGCGAGCCCAGUUGGAUUAAUUAUGAGACAAUGGACAGACAAGGGAUGAUUUGGUUUGAGAUGAGUUCGAAAAUGGAUUCCUGUAGUAAAAUCACAUCUAAUGAAAGGGACAAGGUAUCCUAUGGUGGUGGGCAUCCUAUAAAUGACACAAAUUCCGCCCUCCAGAAGACGAUCCGUAUUAUAAAAUACCACAACUUCACUCAAAUCCGUUCCUGUUGCGAGGGUCUGUCCGUAGUACCAACCACAGUGACUACACACACCACGCCUCAAGGUAAUCACCACCAAUCCACAGUCAUAACAACUACAACAGCAACAGACAAGGGGUCCAGGACCAACACAGCUAUUACUAUCUUGAUUAUAUUUAUCGCGGCUGUAUUCACCGUCGUUUGUCUCGUGUUCUUGUGCUGUAAAGUGUGUUGUACACCCAAACGGCGACCAUCUUACAAGGUAGAAUAUGCAGACCCUAGUGACGUAAUAGCUUCUAGCAGUGGAGCAGAGUAUUCCACCCCAUAUGACACGUGCAAGACGAGAAAUAAAGUGGUCAAAGUGACCGCGGCAUCUAGGGGAGCGAGCGGCAGAAAACCCAAAGUGUCUCUGAGAAAAAGAAUUAGUCAGAAACUGGGUUCUUCCAGAAGUAGACGAAGAAGGCGUGAGAACGAUUCUGGAUUUAGCGAUCUCCUUGAAAGUGAUGGCAGCAAAAUGUCGGGACGGGGUGAUCAAAUGGACGCUAAAGAGGGACAAUAUAUGGAAAUCCCAUUGGUCAAUGUCCCUGUAUUGAAGACUGUUAGCAAUGCAUCAUAUACAUUAGUAGAGGGUAAACAAAAUGGACACAAAAUUGCUUUGCCGAUACAAGAACUAAAAGAAAAGCAAAAAAUGUCAAAUAUUUUCUCAAGAGAAAAGUCAGACGAUCCUUAUGAAUCCUUGCCAGAUAAUGAUAAAAACAACCAUGCCUGUGAUGCAACCACGAGUGUUCUUGACAAAAAUGCAGCGGAAAAUCCGUAUGCAGUUCCUGACUGCGACGAUUACAAAAAGUAUCCUUCCCAAGCACAAGAAAUGGGUAUAUUACCUAACAAUCCGUAUGCACAAAUAAAACACGUACCGGAAGAGACAGGGGGCGCCACAGUGAAAAGGUUUAUCAAAGGACAGGAGGAGAAUCAUUACAUGUGACGUAACAGGAAAUGAAUAACAUUUUCAAUUUGAAUUCACUCUCCAUGCGGAUAAGCAGUGCAUUACUGUAGAAUCAUUUAAAUUCGUGGGGGCAAAUUUUCGUGGAUUGCUGAAUUUUUACGGGUUCGUGGGGACGUAAUUUCGUGGAUUUAUAUAUUUGUAAGAGAGAUAACUCUGGAAUGUGUUUAUUCGUUGAGGAUGUAAAUUCAUGGGUGAGGAGUACCCACGAAUUCCACGAAAAUUGAGCCACCACGAAUUCUAAUGAUUCCACAGUAUUUUAUUUUCACGUCAAUUGGGAUUUUCACAUCAGUAAUAUAGUCACCGGUUCGAUGAUGGCGAGAUGUUGAAUACAGUUUACAAGCAUUAGGUCGCAUGUCAUUUUGCCUCAAACAUAACUUCAUAUAUUUUACAUGUUAUUUAUUUUAUGAAUUAUAUGAGACACUCAUUUCUUUUUAUGACUGAGGCAUUAACAUUUUAUAUAUGUAUGAAAUAUCUGAUUUGGUUGUUAUGCAAUGCGUUGAUUAUAAAUACUGAUGUGCA